AUGAGUCUCCUAACAUGGAACUGCCGAGGGCUUGGGAACCCUCGGUCAGUUAGAAUCCUUAGGAAUCUUACUAAGGAAAAGAACCCAUUCUUAGUUUUCUUGAUGGAAACUAAGAGCAGGAAACAAAAACUUGAGGAAGUGAGGCUGCAGUUGCAAAUGUAUGGGUGUUUUGCAGUCGAUAGUGUCAACUUGAGUGGAGGAAUUGCUCUUCUGUGGAGGGAGGAGUGGCAAGUCAAAGUCAUUAGUUACACAAAAUGGCACAUAAGUGCACUAGUACAUGAGGUUGAAACAGGCCAAGCAUGGCAAUUCACAGGCUUUUAUGGACACCCGGUAACUGCAAAGAGAAAGAGUAGCUGGACCCUUCUUGAAAUGCUAAAACCCUCCAAUCCUACUGCCUGGCUCUGUGCUGGAGAUUUCAAUGAAAUAUUGGACCAAAAAGAAAAGGUGGGUGGAGCUAGAAGACCUUAUAGCCAGAUAGAAGACUUUAGAAGAGCAGUAGAAGCAUGUGAUCUCAGUGAUAUACACUCUCAGGGGCCUCAAUUUACCUGGUCAAAUAAUAGAAGUGGGGGAGAUUUCACAAAGGAGCGCUUAGAUAGAGUAAUGGCAAAUAAAGAAUGGAACUUGAUGUUUAGUGAUGCAACCUGCAGUGUACUAGCAGCAGUAAAAUCAGAUCACUCCCCUUUGCAUGUCACAAAACAGAAACCAAACAGUGGCAGGAAAAGAAAGGGCUUUUGUUUUAGGUAUGAAGCAGCCUGGGAUCUAAGUGAAGAAUGUCAAAAAGUUGCUUCUGAGGGGUGGAAGAGCCUUAAUCUUGGAGGGCAUGGGGCAGGUACAGUGAGACAUAAGCUGGACGCAUGCCAAAGGGGUCUGCAGAAGUGGCAGAAAGAAACUAAAUUUUCCAACCAGAAGGCCACUAAACUAGCUUUGGACCAGAUUCGACAGUACCAACAAGUUGGUACUGGGACACAUAUCCCUUCCAUGAUUCAAUUACAGAAAACAGUGGAGGAUUCAAUGGCAGUGGAGGAGCUAAGGUGGCGUCAGAGAGCCAAGCAACACUGGCUGUAG